AUGGAGACACUCAAUUAUUAUUCAUCCGAUACUACAAUUGGUAGUCUUUUAUUUAGUAAUUAUAUAUUUGAAGAAAUUCGUCGUUUAAUGCAUUUUGGACAUAUAUCACUUGUUUUACGUGUUUACAAUCCCGUAUUCUUUCGAAAUCUUGCUAAUCUAAAACAUGGUCAAACAAAUGAAAUAGAUAAUUUACAAUCAAUUGAUAAAAUAUGGAUAUUAGAAAAAAAAUCUUUAGAUAGAUUUUAUAAAGAGAAAAAUGAACAUAUGAAAUCCAAUUCACCAUCAUCAUCUAAAAUCGAAUCAAUAACCAAAAAUUUACUAGUUAUUCAACAACAACUUAUUAAAGAUUUUGAAGCACGAGCAUUCAAAACAAAAAUCGAUGAAACAUCAGCACGUGAUCAUGGUGAAACAAAAGAAGGAAUAUCACUUCGUGGUGAAAUAGAACAAAAAUCAUCAGCUCGUGGUGUAAUUCAACAAGAAUCAUCAGCUCCUGGUAAAAUACGAGAAAGACCAUCAGCUCGUGAUGAUAUACAACAAAGAAUAUUAGCUCGUGGUGAAACAAAACAAGUAACAUCAGUUCGUGAUGAAUUAAAUGAAUCAAUAAUGAUUCUUGAAAAUGUUAAAGCUGCUAUUGAUGAAGGUUUAGUUGGUGUACGACAAAAAGGAAGUGCUGAAUAUCGACAAAAAAAACGGAUAAAAAAAUUAAAAAAAUAA